UACAACGUUUACAACACCAAUGGAACUUACUCCCGAGUAUGCUAACCUAAUGCCAUCCACGUCUUGCGAGCGGAACAGAGCAAUUACAAAAAUGAGUUCAGAGGACCAUGUUCAAGUUCCAUCCACGUCUAGCAUACAUUCAACAGGAAAUCAAACAUUACCUGACCAAACAACACCAAUGGAACUUCAUCCUGAUCCUGAGUACCUACUAUCAUCCAUUUCAAAUGCCUUACGUCCAGCAACUCCUCUGGAGUCCACGGAUAAUUUUGACGAUGAUUUUGUCAUACUUCCUGAGGAGGGACAAAAAUUUGAGGAAUGCAGUGGCAGGAGAAUCGUGGACAUCGGUUAUUUUUUCAAGCAAUUGAAAGAAAUGGAUCAUGAAUCAUUAUUUAAAUGCAACAACAGUCAUUUACUAGACUCGCGACAAAUACGUGGAAUGUUUAUAUUUUUAUAA